GUUAAAAUUCCGCGCCGCGUCGCAGUACGAAUUCCGUCGUCGUUGUGAGCACAUCGUGGUACCGCAUCUCCUAUAAUCGGACAAUUUAUAAUCUACUAGAAGAGCAACAUGGCAGUCUCGCUUUCCACCGAAGAUAAAUUAGAGUACCAGUUCUAUCCCGUGACGGCUGGGCAGAUCCAGUUCCGGGUGAAGGCGCCCAACGAUGCUCACAUCGCUCUUACCACGGGGCCCCAGGAGGGAGACCCGAUGUACGAGGUUUUUAUCGGAGGCUGGAGUAACAGCAAGUCCGUCGUGCGCAAAAAUAGAACCAAGCCGGAAGUGAUGGAGGCAGAAACACCUGACAUCCUCAGCGCCGACGAGUUUCGCGGUUUUUGGAUCAGAUGGAACGACGGGACUCUCACAGUGGGCAAGGAAGGCGAUUCGGCUCCAUUCCUGAGCUACAGCGAUCCAGAACCAUUCGGGAUCGGUUACUUCGGCGUCUGCACCGGCUGGGGUGCCACCGGUGACUGGCUCAUCGAAGGUCGCAAUCCCCUGAAUACCCCUAACAAACUAGAGUACAAGUUCCAUGCCGUGCGAAGUGGCUCGGUGUUGAUCGACGUGAAAGCCAAGAGCAACGGACAUAUCGCGCUGACCGACCGGAAGAGCGAAUCGAGUCCCAUGUACGAGAUCAUGCUCGGCGGGUGGGAAAACAAGGCGUCGGUUAUCAGAUACGAUCGCAAACAGCCUGACAAGGUGCGCGUGGACACGCCGAAUCUGCUCAGCGAGCACGAGCACAAGAGGUUCUCGAUCACGUGGCUCGACGGCCUCGUCGCGAUCAGAUCGGGCGGUCAGAGCGGUCCUGUCCUUAUGGAGUGGCGAGACCCGAAUCCCAUCGGAGUGAGCUACGUGGGGGUGCGCACCGGUUGGGGUGCGACCGGAAACUGGAAACUUCGUUUCGAACAAUAUCCCGCAGUUACCGGUCAAAAGAAACAUCCUGGCGCGACGCCGUCCGCACCGGUGGAAGUCCGCGGACUCGACGCCGGAAGUGCAUGCUGGUGCGACGCGUCCGGCGGAAUGGUUCCGCCUGAUGCGGUCGAGGGUGGAAACGACGACGGGCCCUUGUUCGUCGGCAGGGCUCAUCACGAGGGUGCACUCAUUCCCGGCAAGGUAAAGCCUAGCCAUUCCGUUUGCUACGUCGCCUGGGGUGGCGAGGAGCAUGGAAAGACUGAUUACCAAGUUCUUUGCGGCUGCAAUCCUACGUGGGUGCCAGUAAGCGGCGGAAGCAUCCCGCCAAACGCGCUUCCGGGUGGCGAGACCGAGGAUGGCGAACCAUUGUUCAUCGGUCGCGUGCACCACGAGGGCACUUUGACUAUCGGAAAGGUGCAACCUUCUCAUAGCGUGUGUUACAUACCUUUCGGUGGUGCCGAGGUCGCCUUUCCCGAAUUCGAGAUCCUGGUCCAGUAAACAUCGAGGGAAACUUUUCGGCCAGGAAUAGAAGUCGUCGACUUAUCGGCAGUUCUGCGAAAAAGAGAUGACAAUUUCAGAGAUCGGCGAUCUCAAUCAUAUGUUUAAGUCGUUUGAUGUCAUCGUCAAAAAGAAAGAAGAAAAAUCGAUUAGAAUAAGAUAGACGGUUUCUGAUUUGUCAAUUUUUUUAAAAUAGAAAAAUCGACGUGUUUAUAUUGAAAAAUAUGGAGGAGGAAUCUCAUAAGUGUGCAAACUAGUCUAAUUAUAUUACAAGUCAAGAUAACAUUUACGCGAAAGAUGCUGUAGAACUGACCGAUAAGCCGGUGAUAUGCGCUAUAUCUAGCGUCUGCUUACUUUGCACAGAAUAUAAUUGCGGUCGCACGCUAUAGGAAGAGUGCAAAUUAAACGGCAAAUAUAUAUAUAUAUAGCUCGGCUAGACAUGCGUAUGUUUAUGCUAUAUAUUCUUGUCAUGGGUGUUCGUAGGUUUUUUUUCCAAGGAGGGACAUGAUUAAAAUUUCUUUCAUUUCUUAUUUCAUUAUUCUUUCUUAAUUU